AUGAGUGUAUUGAGCAGAAAACAAGAGGAUCUAUAUCGUGAAUUGAAUGAGUACGAUCAAUCUGGAGGUCGCAAGAGACACAUGGAAAUAAUGCGAAGAUUAGAACAAACCAAGAAUGAUGACAAGCCAAACGUCAAACGUUCAUCCCCGGAUGAAGAUGAUUCGUACAAAACUGAACAAGAACGUGACGAGGACGCAAUAAAUCAAGCAGAAUAUGAUAGGCAACGAAACGAAUUCCCUAUUGAACCAAGAUCAUUCUUGAGCGAUGAUGAAUGGUCUAGGUUGACACCCGAUGAAAAGAAAUUCGAGGCCAAAAGAGUCAGGAUCAUCAAGAUGAACGAUGUGUUCUACCAAGAGAUGCUCAAAAUAUACGAGACCAACACCGUAUUGAAGGAUUUCUUGUUGUCUCUGCAGGAAAAGUACGGUGAAUGGAACAUGCCAAAAUCGGGUCAAAAUUUCUAUUACGCAGAAGGAUCAUGA